UGAUUUAUUAUGCUGGCCCAUACCGACUUUAACGUCUUUUUGUUAUAUUGAAUAUAUGUUAAACUUUCUAUAAUUUUUUUUUUUUUGACAAAGUGCUAAACUUUCUAUAAAUUUCGGUAGCAGUAACUAGUCUUCCAUUUUUAGUGAGACUUGGCUAGUACUUGACAAUUCUAUGUACUGCUAACUUUUGUUUUUUACAAAGCAGGUUAUAUCUAAAAUUAAUCAUAACUUUUUUUAAGUUUGCAUCACUCUUACAUUUAUUCUUCUUACUAAAAAACUACGCCAACAUUUUUCUUAAGUGUUAAUAAGUCAUAUAUAAGUAUAUAACCCAUAAGCUCACCAUCAAUUUUUUUUCUAGCAUAUCAGAUUUCGUCUACUAAAAAGAAAUUUGUCAUCAAAGUUUUCUAACCAAAAAAAAAAGAAUAUAUCCUAAAUCUGAUAUAAAGCCGAUGAUAAAUCCCUAACUGGUUUUAGAUUUUCAAUGUUUAACUGUUUAGCUUAAUUAAUAACAGUUGUACAAAAGAGAAUUAUAGAUAAAACAUAAAACUGUUAAACUAUAAAAAUCAAGAUACAAAAAAAUGAAAGAGUAGAUGCGUUAAGGGGAAAAUGAAAAUAUGCUAACUAUUAAUUAAGAAUGUGUGGAUUUUAUGUAUCAUGAAAACUAUAGAAAAUAAAUUUAUUAAUGAUUUUAACCAGAAACUAGUACACUAAAAACUAUUAAUUGAAGACUAUCUUAAAAUUAUAAACCGUUCAGAAAGAAAGAAAAAGACCACUUUAAGAUUAGAUACAUCAAUCAUAAAUAAACUCAUAAAAGGAAAAAUGAACGAGGCUUGACACUUGAGAAGACUAUGCAAAUGUAAUACUGGGACAGAUGGUAUGGUGGGUAGAACCGACACGCCAUUUCUAAUUAAUUGCAACCCACUUUUGCUUAAUGUCGUAUCAUUUUAUUCAACGCUAAAUCAUUUCAUCGACAUUUUGCUUUCAUAGAAUGUUAGAAACAAUGGAUUGGAAAGUUUAACCUAAUACAUUGAAUUAAUUUACAUUAAUAAAUAUAUAAUUAUUUAUGAAAAAGUUUGGUAUAAGAUUCUUCUUCUCAGUUGUGAACUACGUAGUAUUUUAGCUAGGGAUGGUCACAAACAUUUGUCUCGUCAUAUUUUGUUGUUUUCAACCAAUUUCGAUCCAAAAUUCUUGUUUCAUAUAAAAAUUCAUUUUUCAAAAUAUAACAAGAUGAUAUGUAUUUAAAUGUAGUAUUUUCAAAUUUUCGAUCCAAAAUUCUUGAGAAAAAUAUCUUUGAGAAAGUCUGUAGUAUUUUGCAAUCUAUAAUUAUUAAAUAAUUCAACUGGGUAAGUAUUUUUGUAACAAAAAUAUCAAAGAUAAUUCAUUCUAAUAUGUGAUGAAUAUCGGUUAACAAUUAAAAAUGCCGUUGCAAGUAAUAAUUUGUUAGUUGCAAAAAAGAAAGUAAUAAUUUGUUAAUUAUUUAAGUCAUAGUUGGUUGUAUAUGUCCUCAAAUUUUUUUGACCGAAUUGUUUUUUUUAUAUUCGUUCACACCAACCACACCAACCAUUCUCACCUACUCCUUUGAAAGAUGCUGUGAACACUUCUGAAUUGAAAUGGAUCGUUCCGACGUACAUGUAUUAUGUUCGCUUAUUAUUAGAUAUGUUUUUCUGAAAUUGGUAAUUUCAUUCAUUUAAUUAGAAAAUCGUGUUAUAUAUAAUCGGGUUAAAUAGUAGAAAAAAAUAAGUAUUUUUUUAUUAAACAUUUAAAUAUGAUUUAUGUCCGUUAAAACAUUUGUUAGCUUUGUUUUCCAAAGAACAUUUUGUUUUAUAUUAAAAAGGUUGAAAAGUAUAGCAUAUUUUUAUAUAAAACCCAUCGUACUAUUAAAAUCCUCCAAAUGAUAUGAACAGCUCACACUGAGAUAAUUUAGGUUAAAUCUGUGUGAUAAACCAUUUCUAAAUUAUGAUUGGAUCAUAAAUAAUGUUUGGAUAAAAAAAAUUUGAUAUCGGUUUAAUAAAAUUAAUAUACUUUUUAUAAUUAUUUUAAUUAAUUAACGUGAAAUUAGAAAUUUGUAUCAAUUAUCUCAAUUUUUUAGAAAUUAUAAAUUUGUAUCAAUUAUCUCAAUUUCAGAAAUUAGAAAUUUUUUUUGUCAAAACGAGUCUAUAAUAGCAAUUUGGAAAGAAACAAAAAUCAGAUAUCUUAAUUUUAAUAAAAAGAAGAAUCCAAAGUCCUACCUACUACCGUGUUAGUGAUACGUCAUGAUCAAGAAAGUUCAUUUGUAUCAAUUAAAGGAUAAUAAAACAGCGUUAUCGAUGUAAUCUGUUACCUUUUUGGCACCUAAAUGAAUUGUAAGUAAAAUAAAUGGAAACACGAAAUGAGGUGUACAUCCUUUUGGUUGGUUGUUCUACAUGAAACAACUAAUGAUUCGGAGCUUUUGGUAUUCGUGAGAGGAGUCACUUCUAUUUUUUGUACGUUAAUGGUUAUUUGAAGGUAUUUUGGGGAAAUUUCCAUAUUAUCAUAACAACCAACCAAACUGAUUCAGUUCAUUAUCUUUUAUAUUUGUAGUUUUGGGAAAAUAACUGGGCCUAAAUUAUGGGCCAAGGGCUAACGUGACUAAGGCAAGAAGUCAGAAAGUCGGAAACAACUAGAGGAAGAGAAACGUUUGGACUCUCACUCUUUUUCCUUUCGAUCUGUGCAAGUUGAGAGAGAAAAUGGAGACGAAUAAAAAAGAAAUGACUCCUCUCAGAGGUAUACUCUGUCUGAAAAACAGUCAAGACAUGAAGAGAAUUGAGGAGACAGAGGACUGCUUCAUUCUAGAUUGCGACACUUUGGAUUCUUUCGACUUUAAAAUGGAGAUCAAGAAAGAAGCAACUCCCCUCAGAAACAUAUUAUGUCUGAAAAACAGACAAGACAUGAAGAGAAUCGAGGAGACAGAAGACUGCUUCAUUCUUGAUUUCGACCCUUUUGAUUCUUUCGACUUUAAAAAACUCUCAGUCUCCAGUGAUGAUGAUAAAGAUCUGGAUAUUAUCCAUGAGACAGGCCAGGUGGCUUGUAGGGAUUACCCACAUCCAAGACACCUGUGCUUGACUUUUCCCUUUGGAUCAACUCCCAAUGCAACCCAUUGUCGUCUGUGUUACUGUUGCGUCUGCGAUAAGCCUGCACCUUGUGCACAAUGGAUGUCGCAUUGCAAUACUUCAGAGGACUCUAUGGUGCGGAAGCUACCAACCCCUGAGAGCCAGAGCUUCUAUUACUCCGAUUAAUAUCAUCUUUUUGUUGACAGUUUCUCCCUUGCGUUUUCACAUCUUUGAAUGAGUAGUAGAUCAACAUAGCCUUGGAAGACUAUGGAUUAACAAUGCAUAACUAUUUAGUAUGAUAUUUUUAUGGGUGAUUUGCUAGGCUAUA